CCUACGUUAUUAAUUUCAGUGUUAGGGUGGAUUUUCCCUACAAACGCAUCGAAACAACCAUGCCUUCACGCGCUCCCAACAUCACACUACGAGAGAGGGAGGAGUGAGAGAGAGAGAGCGAGAGAAAGAGCUGUUUACAUUGUGAACCAGAGCUUAGAUGUAUCCAGCUACACCACCGGGACAACAACUGGCUCGCCUUAUGGCCACUUUGUGUCCGUUGAACCGCUUCUAACCGACAGCCAGGAUUUAGACGUGCAGGUGAACUUCUUUUCGCCACAACCCUCUUCGACCACAACUCGGCAAGAAAAGAAAAAAAAGUGUUUUAAGACGGAAAGAAACACCAGUUUUUAGACUCUCCUCCUUGUCUUUAUUCUUCGACCUUAAUUGCUCGGAGCUUAACAGGUUAUCACAGUCAUUAUGUCCAGGAAGAAGGGAGUGAAAGGCAAAGGGAACGCCAAGAGCCCCAAGGCGUCGCCGAGCGGCGGGAGGACGGGGAAAGGUCUGGCCGUCGCUGGCGCUCCAUCCUCCGGACUGGUGUACCCCAGCAGACCGUCCAUCAGCCACAGCGGGGAGUUUUACGACAUCGCCUUCAAGGUGAUGCUGGUUGGGGAUUCAGGGGUUGGAAAGACCUGUCUGCUGGUUCGCUUUAAAGAUGGAGCCUUUCUUGCCGGGAGCUUCAUUUCCACCGUGGGCAUCGACUUCAGGAAUAAAGUAAUGAGCAUUGAUGCUAUGAAGGUGAAACUGCAGAUUUGGGACACUGCUGGACAAGAGCGUUUCCGGAGCGUCACACAUGCUUACUACCGCGAUGCUAACGCUCUCCUCCUCCUCUAUGAUGUCACCAACAAAGCAUCCUUUGACAACAUUAGGGCAUGGCUGACGGAGAUCCAUGAGUACGCUCAGCAGGACGUGGUCGUCAUGCUGCUGGGCAACAAGGUGGACUCGACACAUGACAGGAUGGUGAAGCGGGAGGAGGGAGAGAAGCUGGCGAAGGAGUUUGGAGUGCCCUUCAUGGAGACGAGUGCUAAAUCUGGACUGAAUGUGGAGCUGGCCUUCACUGCAGUGGCCAAAGAGCUGAAGCACAGGACCAUGAAGGAGCCCGAUGAGCCUAAGUUUCAGCUGCAGCAGUACGUCAACAAAGAAAUGAGGACUGUCGGCUGCUGCCGCACGUAGACCACGUCCUAUGUGUGUGUAUGCGUGUGUGUGAGUGAGAGAAAACAGGUACACUGUAUUAGAGUAGUAAUUAACCGGGGUGGUCCGGGAAUUAUGACGUUUGUCAUUGUUUGUAUCAACAAAUGUACGCGUUGGGAGUGAGAACAGGUUGGUAUCAAAGGUAUGGACAGUAUCUCUCUCUCUCUCUCUCUCUCUCUCUCUCUCUCUCUCUCUCUCUCUCUCUCUCUCUCUCUCUCUCUCUCUCUCUCUCUCUCUCUCUCUCUCUCUCUCUCCCUCCCUCCCUCUCUACUGACCCACCUUUUCUCUGCAACUGUGAAUGUAAUAUAUAUAACUCCUAUCUACAUGCUUGCUCAUACAAAUGCAUGCACACACAAACACACACACACACACACACACCUACACACAUACCUUUCAUCAGCAUGAUGUACAUAUUUUAAAUGUAAUUUAAUUCUGUGCCCUGGAGCUUUGUAGAUUGGACAUACCUGUCUUGUUGAAACAAGAAGAACAUAGACCCAAAUAUGUUGAAUGUUAAAUAGAUCUGGUUAAAGUGAUAGAAAUGAUUAGAUCUUAACUCGCUUAACUCGUACAGAAACUACUGCACCUAAUGUGAGCUGCCAAAUGGCACUGUGUGCUGUUUAUGUACAGGAUAGCAUAUGAUAACUGUUUUUUAAUACCUGUGAUCAUGACGGUCAUUAUACUGAUGUGUGAAAUUUAAUUUGAGCUCUUUACCUUUUUACAAACAAUAGUUUAGGUUAAAAUCUGUUAUGGGAAACAUUUAAACCUACCUUAGUAAUGACUAGACCAUAUUAAAUGUA